GUUAACGACAACAACGACGACGGCAGCGACAGUAGUGGCGGCAAGAAGAAAUCUUGUGUGUGUGUGCGCCGCAGAGCUUAUAAUACUUGACUAAUGACUAGAUACCAGACUCAUCGUGUUUGUUUAUCAGUAUACAUUCGGAUUCUGUAGACUUCGGGUGGUCGUAAAAAGCAUUUCUUUUUUAUCGUUCUUUGUUUUUGUGUUGCCGAUACCGCGGCGCGUAUACACUCAAGAUUGGAGCGUGAUGACAACUGAUGUAACUACAUUUACCGCAACUACGACUUCUACAAAUUUUUCAAAAAACAUGAUUACGGGUAUUUCGUCGAUACCGACGGUAGUGUCACCGCUACAAUCAUCGGCGUCUUUGAUGUCCCACAAUUGUAAUAAUCGCAAAGAUACCAACGAAAAUUGCGAGCGGUAUAAAGUGACGAUGAAAAACAAGACUGCUGAGAAAAGAUGUUCGGUAUUUGAUCUCACUCCGAACAAUGUUCGUUGUGUAAACAGCAAGUUUGAAAAAAUUAAAAAAGAAGUUUGUGAUGAUGAUAAAUCAGAGUAUUUUAUAAUUGUAAAUUUUUCUCAAUCGUUCGAGAAAGAUUAUCUCACGGAACGCAAAAGCGAUCAUUAUAUUUUCAACAGAUGGUCAAAAAUUGAUGAAAAGUUAUUGAAAAGCACAUUAUCGUAUUUUAAUACGAUGAAAACGACCAACGAUUCCGGAUUACCGUCGAAUCAUCAUCAUCAUCGUCAUCACCAACAAGAAGCGAAUCAACACACAGAUACAUCAUGCGGCGUAGUUGGAGAAUCUUCAUGCUGUGUAGAAAAUGAUGGUCGCCGCAUUCAUAUAAUACUCACGGGAUUGAAUUUGUUCAACAUAUCCAAAUGUUUCCUUCAUCUAGAUUCUAAUGUGAUAUUUAAUUUUAAUAUUGGUUUGCGUUUAUAUUCCAAAUCUCUGUCCGGUAGAUUGCCAUUUUGCAUGACAAAGUCUUUUAUAGCCUACACUCCGUCCAACGCGAUGGCGGUAAAUAUUAAUAAUUAUACGGUAUGGUCGCCUACACUCGAAGAACACAUAAUACAUAAUCAAAAUAUCGGAUAUUUUAAAAAUUUACAACUAUCAAAAACUCGUUUAAUUUUCUCAAAGUUAAUAUCAAAUUCAGAGUGUCGCGAUGCUAAAAUACACCACAAUGGCUUUAAUAAUAAUUUUCCCGACAAAGAGGCUAUAUUGAGUAAGCUUUUGAUUUCUCGUAAACGAAAACGCAACAAUAAUAUGAAUCUAACGACAACUUUUACUUCUUUCAGUAUCAAUAUUUAUAAUUUCAUAUAUAUAAUGUUUGAUUUAGACGUUUUGUGUUUGAUAUUAUCGAGUAUCGCGAAAGAAUUACACAUAAGCAUUACAAACUCCAAAGUGAUAAUGCCCGGAUUUAUUGUAGAGAGAUUAUCGUUUUAAAAAAAAAAAGCUUCCUUCUAUCGUGUGGAUGCGUUUAUUGCCACGAAAUCCCACGAGCAUCAAAAACUCGAUGCGAAUGCACUCGAAUUGGCGAUCAGACUAGACGCGAUCGCUCGACUCUUAAAAAAAAAUACCCACUUUGUCGUUAAAUUUGUAAACGAGAAUUUAUAGUGCAACUCUUAAACGAGAAUUUAUAGUGUGAGUGCUCUUAUGUGGUGUAUCUCACCGUCGUAGCAACGCCUCGAAAGGAGUAAAAUCUCUUGCGCCUCUUGCCUUAGUUUUAUUAUAGGAUGUGUGUGGUGGUGGUGUUUAUAGGAUAUAUACUAAAGACUGUAUUUUAAAACCUCUUUAUUGGUUCAAUAAUACUUUUUGUGUGAGUAUAAGAGUAUAAGAAUACUUAGAGUAGCGCGAAUACUUAUUAAUAAUACAAAAGCAGCAUAUAUGGUUGGUGAUUAAUGAAAUGUAUACAAUAAAGAAUGUUCUAU